AUGUUGCUCCAGGUCAAGCAGCAGAUCCUCAAUCCCAUCAACAAAUCACGAUCAUCAAGGUCAUCCCAAUCGUUGCUUAAGCUACAGCUGAUGAAGUUGGAAGAGGAACGCGCGUUUGAAGAAGCGGAAGCUGCAAAGUUUCGAGAAUACCUGAAGCAGAAGUACCGGCUUUUAGAACAGAUGUCUACCAAAACGGAAACAAGCUACAGUGAUACCGGAAGCCGAAUAGGAAGAUGGGUGAACAACGUCAACGACGCCCUUCAGGACGCCGGGGGAGCAACAGAGGCCUUCAAUCCCAAGGGACAUUCUACAACCAGUAUUCCUGCUAAUCAACCGGAGCCGAUCCAUCUCCCUUCGAAUCGUAGCGGUCAUCAUCAUAUUCCGAACAGCACACCUGUAUGUGAAGCGAAACCUUGUGGCAAAAGUGGCUGUGCAUACUAUCACCACGAGCUCCUGCAUAAUGCUAAAAAAUGCCAGCAUACCACUCCCAAAACGCCGGCAAUGACGAAUGUGACAAGGACCCUGCAAGCAGAUUCGAACUCUGUCCAAGGAUGCAAUACACACCAAUCAGCCAACAAUACAGUUCUAUUCCGGUACAUACCCGUGAUCCUGCAUGGGAAAGGUGCAUCCAUUCAAACUUUCGCCUUUUUGGACGAAGGUUCCGCAAUGACGCUGUUGGAUCAGGAAUUAGCCGAUAAGCUCAAUUUGUCCGGUCCUAUUCAACCUCUUGGCCUACGAUGGACGGGUGGUACAGAGCGUUGUGAAACUAAUUCACGGGUAGUGGAUAUACGAAUCACUGGAACGCAUAACAAUGCCCAGGAAUAUCAACUGAGCGGAGUACGAACAGUCAAGGAACUCAUGUUGCCAUACCAGUCACUCGACAUGGUGCAGAUGACUAAACAAAAUCCACACUGUCGUAAACUGCCAAUAGAGUCCUACUUCAAUGUUCGUCCACAGAUUCUCAUUGGUUCGAAGCACGCUGCAGCCGGUCUGGUAUUAAAGAGCAAGGAGGGAAGCCUGGACGAGCCCAUCGCUGUUAAGACCCGGCUGGGAUGGACAGUAUACGGGGGAUGUAAUGAAGACACGAUCUCAAACAUAACUCAAUACUCGUUCCACGUUUACGAAACCGAAGAGCAGUCUGAUGCGCUUCUGCAUCAAACAGUCAAGGACUACUUUUCCCUGGACAGCAUCGGCAUAUCGAAAUCUGGGAAAGAACUCCUCUCAACAGAUAAUCAACGGGCGAUAUCACUCCUCCAAAACCUCACUAAGUUCAACGGAAAGCAGUACGAAACUGGGUUACUCUGGCGGCACGAUGGAUCUCGCUUGCCGGACAAUAGGGAGAUGGCACUUCGUCGAUAUUACGGACUCGAAAAACGAAUGCAGAAAAAUUCAGAGCUGGCCAUCACGCUACAAAAUAAAAUCGAGGAAUAUUUGUUCAAAAACUACAUUCACAAGCUUACCAACGAGGAGUUGAGCGAACAUUACCCGCGUGUUUGGUAUCUGCCCAUCUUCCCCGUGUUUAACCCAAAUAAACCAGGUAUAAUUCGCAUUGUCUGGGACGGUGCAGCCACAACCUUUGGCGUAUCCUUGAAUUCCGCUCUUAUCACGGGUCCUGACCAGUUGUGCUCAUUGUUUACCAUCCUACUCCAAUUCCGUGAGCAUGCCGUGGGAGUCACCGGAGAUAUAAGAGAAAUGUAUCAUCAGGUUCUAAUCAAUAAAGAGGACCAACAGUGCCAAAGGUUCUUUUGGAAAGAUGAGAACAAUGAGCCGGAAGUUUACGUAAUGAAUGUCAUGACUUUUGGGGCAAGCUGUUCACCAUCAUGCGCACAAUACAUCAAAAAUGUCAACGCUGAACGAUUCGCUACCACAUAUCCCGAAGCAGUGGACAUCAUCGUGAACAAACACUACGUUGAUGACGCCAUGUUCAGUACAGACACGCCGGAACACGCCACCCGGCUUGCUCGUGAGAUCCGUCAGAUUCACUCCGAUGGUGGAUUUGAGAUACGCAACUGGGUGAGUAAUUCUCAGCAAGUACUAUCGGCACUUCAUGAGGACAUCACCGCAGAAAAAAGUAUGGAUCUAUCUACAAGUCCUAUGGCCACCGAGAAAGUAUUAGGAAUGUGGUGGUGCACCGCAUCCGAUAACUUCGUUUACAAAAUCAAAUGGGACCGUUACGAUCCAGAUCUGCUGACGGGAACUCUCAGACCAACUAAACGUCAGAUGCUGCAAAUCCUAAUGUCCCUCUUUGACCCUCUGGGUUUGAUAGCUCAUUUCCUGAUAUCGACCAGCGGUACUACUGGACGGAUUCUCGUGAUGUCCUCAGUUGGAUCAGUUCAGAUCAUCGACGAUAUAGCGUAUUUGUAG